AUGAAGCCACAGCCAGUAUUUAAUAAUAAUAUAUCUUUAACUAUGAUUUCAAAUUACAUCACUUUGUGUUUGAUGCUAGGAUGUGUCAAGGAUCUUCUUGAUCUUUAUAAUUUUUCAGAUAUUCAAAAUUCAAUAUCAGCUAAAUCCAGCUAUAUGAGGAAUAAAUAUAGUAUGCCUGAUUUCAAUAAUGGUGAUUCUUGUGAUGUAAGAUUUGAAUCAAUAGCAAAAAAACUAGAGCCUGAUUUAGAGUCACCAUGUGAUUUGCUUGAUAAGAAUGAUGAUGUUGUUGUUGAAGACUAUGAAGUGGACGAAGAUGGACUAAUUUUUGAAGAAGAUGAUGAAUAUGAUGGCGAGGGUGUAAUAAAUGAUCAAAUUGAAAAAAUUCGUAAUGAAAGAUUAGAUGAUGGUGAUGGUGAAAUAGAACAAUUUGAUGUUGAUAAUGAUGACAAUAAUAUUUAUAACAAUGAAAAUGAAGAAGACAACAAUGAUGGUGGUGAUAGUAUGACUGUUGAUUAUUAG